ACUUCACUUUACAGGAAAGAGACUGCUCUAAAACUCCCAACUGCCACUGCUUCCUCUCCCACAGAAAUGACAGGAGAGCCCAGAAUCGCGGAGUCUUGCCGUAACCCAAAAUGGCAACCAUCUCUCAUUUUCAGUCCGUACAAUGACGUCAUAGAGCGACAAUGCCGCACCCUCUCACUGAGGUUUUACAACAUUUCCCAGGAUGCUUUGCCAACGGCGACGCUAUUCAGCGGCGCCGACGGAAGAGCACCUGACUGAGCGGAAGUAGAGAUCUCAGAGGCGAGGAAGGUGAGGACGAGAGGAACUGUGAAGCUUUUCAGCUUCACCUCCCUCACUGAUUCAGCAUGGGGGAUAAGUCGGAGAACUGUAGGGUUCCAGAGGAUCUGUUCACUGGUUUGAAAGUUACAGAUCCCCAGGAAGCAGAGUGUGUUAACCCUCCAGUAUCCAGUGCCAAAGAACAUCAUUCCCGGAGCGAGCUGCUCAAGGAUGUCGAGGCCCAGCCCCAGGAGGACCAGGGAGAGGAGGAGUGCUUUCAUGAUGCCAGUACCUCAUUUGAGACGGAGGAGCCAGGAGUGGACAAGAUUGAGAACAAACCUGAGGAUGAUAUGAAUUCCUCUGAACUAGAUGAAGAAUAUCUAAUGGAACUGGAAAAGAACAUGCCAGAUGAAGAGAAAAAGAGAAGGAGAGAAGAGAGCUCUAGACUAAAGGAGGAGGGAAAUGAGCACUUUAAGAAGGGAGAUUACAUAGAAGCCGAAAGUUCUUAUACUCGAGGCCUUCAGAUAUGUCCCUCCUGCUUCCAGAAAGACCGGUCUGUUCUGUUUUCAAACAGAGCUGCGGCAAGGAUGAAACAGGACAAGAAAGAGAUGGCCAUCAGUGACUGCAGCAAAGCAAUUCAGUUAAACCCCAGCUACAUCAGGGCAAUACUGAGGAGAGCAGAGUUGUAUGAGAAGACUGACAAGCUGGAUGAAGCCCUGGAAGACUAUAAAUCCAUAUUAGAAAAAGACCCAUCAGUACAUCAAGCAAGAGAAGCUUGCAUGAGAUUACCUAAACAAAUUGAAGAACGUAAUGAAAGGCUGAAGGAAGAGAUGUUAGGUAAACUAAAAGAUCUUGGGAACUUGGUUCUCCGGCCUUUUGGACUCUCCACAGAGAAUUUCCAGAUCAAACAGGAUUCUUCUACUGGCUCCUACUCCAUCAAUUUUGUUCAAAAUCCAAAUAACAACAGAUAACAAAAAUAACAAUAGCUUUUAUAGCUGGCUUGGAAGUUGUGUGCUGCUUGUAUUAGCAAGGGGAAAGGCCCUGCCAGUGUUUUAACUUCUAAAAGCAUCUGAUCUCAGAGACAGGCUGUCUUGUAGAGCCCAGCACUCCCUUUUCUCCCUUGUUUACGAUCAGGGUGAAAUGCGCUUCCUGAUACAGUGAGCCUUAUUUGAUUUCCAUUUUACGGUGGUGUCCGUGCUGCUGCUGCACUGGUUCUGGCUGUCCUUUGUUUUGUCCAGGAGAAAGCCUGCUUAUCGAGACUCACCUCCCUGAGCUCCACAAACACAAACCCAGCUGGAGUCUCCUGGGCCAAGCAAACCUGCCAGGCAGAGACUACCCAGCCACGUGUGAUGGGGUCCCUGCCUGCUGUCCCCUCACCCCGAUCGCACACACCGCCCUGCGUGGGCUCCAGCAUCUCCUAGUUUCCUCUGGUAAUAAAUGCUUUCUGUGACAGUCUGAGCUGGGUUGUGAAUUUUGUCCCCAAAAUGAGAGCUAGAGCAGAAGGUGUCCUGGCUGUAGGAGGCGGUGUUGAUUUUGAGCACAGUCCAGUCCUCCCAGAGCCUUAGCUGCCACCUUGAAGAUGAUAUGGAGGAGCUGAGCAUCCACCACGUACUAAGAUUUAGAAACCUCACCUCACAAGCCGUCUCAGGCCUCUCCAGAUUUGUGCAGAUGCAUAUGAAAUCAGUGUUUUUGACCAAGUACCAGUCUUAGUGAUUUCAACUUAAAACAACUUCGUUUAGGAAUGCUGGUAUGUGAAUCCCAGAACAAAACUGUAUUCUUUUAGACUCCAUGAACCCAGAAGUUUCAAAGGUAGUUUUUUCUAAUCCUCAAUGCUGGUGAAAAGCUUUUUGAUUGUUAUGAGUUAAGUGUUAAAGGCAGUGACAUUCAGGUUUCAUGUUAGAAAUGAAGUACAUGUAUAAUUCUGUAAGUGACAUGCUGGAGGCCUCUUCCCAGUAUUAAGAAUUUUGCUGUUCUUUUGAUCAGUUCCUCAAAGCCUCUUAGCGUGUGUUGUUAGGCAGUGGAAUGAUCUGCUGUAUCCACACUGUGGUUUGCUAAGCCCCUCUCCCAGGUUUUUUGGCAGGGGCAGCAUAGGAGAUCUUGGCUCCCCAACCAAGAUUGAGCCCAUACCCCCUGCAGUAGAAGCACUGGACCCCCAGGGAAGUCCUUUCUCCUAGAUGGAAAUGAACUUCUUCAUGCAGUUUAUAAGGGGGAAGGGGAGAAGGAAAAAGAAUGUGGUUAAUUUUGCUUUGCUGUCUUUAUGAUAAAUCUGGCAUCUAAUUUUUCCUAGAAGGUGUGUGAGAAAUCACACAAGUAGCACAGAAAUCGUGGCUGAAAGCUGCCUGGUCCAGCCGGCGGUGCUGCAUGCUCCCUGCGCGACAGCACCCUGCUGGCCCAGCACUCCACCAACCUCUGAUCUCAGCACUACUCCACGCUCAGAACAGUGUAAGGAGGGGACUUCCCCGGCAGUCCUGUGGUUAAGACUCCAUGCUUCCACUGCAAGAGGCAUGGGUUCAGUCCCUGGUCAGGAAACUAACCUCCCACGUGUCACACUGUGCUGCCAAAAAAAUAAAGCAAAAAAAAAAAAAUUUAAACAGCACUUUGAUUUAUGUGGACUAAUCUCUUGAUAUUUAUCAAUAUUUAUAUAGAAAUUAAAAUAGAAAUUUUAAAAAUAUUCCUUUAAAAUAAUUUAUUUUUUUGUUAAUAAGUUAUUUCAUAACCACUAUGAAAAGUUUUGACCUCAUGGACCCUGAAAGGGUCCCAGGAACCCUUGAGGAGCCUUGGACCACCUUGAAAGUCAUUUUGUCAGAUUAUGGUGGCCUGUAUUUACCUCAUGUUAUAAGAUGUAUGAUUUAUAAGUCUGUGAUGCUUUUGUCACCCCACAAAAAAGGUAUACCAGAAUAGACUUCUGAGGUAAUCCACGCUGUAACAUUUAUUUUUAUGCCAGUGACAUUGCAGUGGAUCACAAAAAUUUUAGAUCCCCUUCUAGAAUUUCCUUGAAGACUCAAACACAUUUUUAAAAGUAUUACUUAUUCCCUGUCUGCUUCCAUGAAUAGACCUUGAGCUUCUGGAAGGUAAGGGAGAUAUUUAUCUUCUUAAUAGCACCUACUGCUUUACUAGAAACUAAGUAAACUGUUGUUAAAGGAUAUUCAUUCCACAAGAAGUCUCAGCGUGAACAAUCAUUCUAUCCAAACGUCUCUAGAUUCUGUGGCCUUUCUUUCUUUCUUUUAGUACCUGUGUUGGUUGUUUGGUUUUUUGCAGCUUAAAAAGACAUUUGUAAAGGAGUCCCUUAAGGCUGGUUGAGCCCAUGUUGUGCAGCCACACAGAAUAUCCUCAGAUGGUGAUCAUUCACCCUGGCCUGUAAACAUAACGCCUCCUAUUUUUGUACUUUCAUUUCUGCAUCUUGGAUAUUUACAGGUAUUUGCUUUGAGACUCUCAGAAAUCCCCAGCUUGUCCUCUGGUUUCAUGCUCCCCUCCAUCUUCCAGGUCACCUUAUGUUCUCUAUUUGUGUGUCCACACUGUCGUAGCCACCUCCUGGUUCUCAGCUGAGCAGCUUUUUCAUUCAUGGGAGCCUCUGCAGUAGGCUUACCCAGGGCUUGGCUCUGUUAUAGUCACUUGGGUGACUACUUGGGUGGUAGUUUUUCUGUGCAGAGUGUAUUGUGGAUUUAGUUCAUUUUGCACACAUCAUGGAUCUGAAGUAUGGGUAAAUCCUGUUUUUAAAAUCCAAACUUUUUCUAAGAACUCCUUUUCUACGUUUCCCUUCCAUCACAAGCACUGCAGCUGGGUUUUUUCCCUAUCCUUUUGCUCCUUGUCUGACCCACUGCCCAGAUACCAUAACUUAAGUUACCGUGCUUACUGGACUAGAGAAUGUUACGGCAUGCUGAGAUGCUGAGGCGGGGAGUGGCUGAGCCCGCUAGGUUAUGAGCUGAGCGUUGCAGCACGGGGCCUGUGUUUGAGCUGCAGUAAGAUGAGACCUCCCACACUGGCCCUGCAGAGUGUCUCAGGUAGAGUCACCGGUGUGAGUGUCUGUUUAGUCCUACAGCACUUGGUGCAGUUGCAGACAGAGAACUGCUUGAGGAAAUGUGGCUGGGCCUGGUGAUUAUUUCUGGUGCUCCUUGAUCUCUGUGCUGGUGUCCGAGCCUGUUGCUGAGUUUCUCACAGCUCUCAAUCCAGACUGCUUUAGAAAGAGGCACAGGGACUUUAUGGAGGCGUGUUACUGUCAGGCUGGGCUGGCGUGGAAUGGGGAGCUGGCAGUGGCUGUUAAAUCUGAGCCCCAUUAGAAGGUGUAUUCGGAAGGUUAUCUGUUCCCAAGAGCUAAUGAGCACACCUGCAAAUUGCCUUACAACCAGUUUAGCAAAACUUGGAAUGUCAAAGGGGAAAGCUAUGACAGGAGGCCAAGGAGGAUGGAAAGAAGUUAAUGGCUGCUUUAAUCUUGAGAAGGAUCUUUAAAGGACAGGACUCAGUAACCUUCCAAGACCAGAGUGUAAAUCUGAGAUACCACCCGGACAGGAGCCCUCAGCAGCUUAAACUCACUUCCUCGUCAGCUCUGUGCGCUCACCUGUGGGGAAGGAGGGCCAUGGCUGCCAGAGCUCAGUCUCGCUGAGCCUGCAGCCCCGGGGUCACUGCCAGCCCACAGUGCUGUCCUUGUUGCUCUCAGAUCACUUCCGCCUUUGACCCUGCCUUUCUUCUUCCAGCACUGAGAUCUUCCUCUAAUCCUCCUAUGGGUGUAUACUGUGUACCUGAUAACACAUUCCCACACCCUAGGAAAAAUCUCCUGGAAGCAAUUUCAGUGAGAUGUUCCUCAUCCUUUGCAGCCUACUCCUCUCUGCACUUCAGUAGUAAGCAGCUUAGUCCUUCUGUCAUCUGGAUUGCCUUUAGAAAAGGAAGCAUUGAUAUGUGAACAUUCCACCAGAAGUGGCUGGAAAGUCUUUCUUCAGGGAAGCUGCACAGCUAAUGCGGAGAAUGGCAGUUUCCAGUCACUCUGUUGUGUGGAGAGCAGCCUUGAGCUCACACUAGACUGAGUCCAUUAAUACUCCUGAAAAUGAGAAAUGGGUUACUUGCUACCAGCCAGCCCAUAGAGCAUCAGAGUGACUGCUUAAGAACUUCCAAAGGGCAAUCAAGGAAACUAAUGAGGUUAGUUUAUGAAAACUAGUGAGGAUGUCCUCGUAUUUCAGAGUAUCAAAAAUUUCGGUCUUCCUGUGAGUCAGUAAUUUUUUAAGGUAAAGAUGGGUACAUGGGCUUUAUUUCUUAUACUAGUCUGCCUUUACAGAUGUUUGAAAUAUUCUAGGAUUAAAAAAAUACUCCAUUUUCUUCUAAUUUCUCAACCCUCUGAGGGCUGCAAGCUAGGAAUAAACUCAGAAUUUCUAUCAGCCAGACUAGAAUUAAGACUCCCUAGAGCUUUCCUUUAGCCUUAGCUAAAGAACCGCAGGGCCUGUCACCCCACUGCCAGGGAGGCCCACAGCUGCUAAUCUGUGGUUCAGAUGGAGUCCCAGCUGCUAGUUCUACCUUGCUAAAAUAAAAAAAAAAUACAGCCUACCCAGAUGGCAACCCCAAGUCAGGCACUGGGGCUCCUCCAGACAUGCAUUGAUUGACACAUGUGAAGGGAAUCAACCCAGAUGCUCUUCAGGAAGCCUUUAGUUCCAGGUGUGAGGAGCCAGAUCUGCAGACAGUGGAACCUCCUAGUACCAGGUGGAGUGCUGGGCCAGCGGAGGUCCGCAUCUGACGCCCCACCCCAUCACACCAGGCACACGGUGCCCUCCAAGUCAGAAAUGGGCAAGCAUGGACGUCGUCAAGCAAACUAAAGGCGACCAGGGUUGCGAAGCAAGGGAACAGUGUGAGGUGGGAAAGUGUUUACAUUUCAAAGGAUGGAGGCUUUGGAGGACUCUCUGGUACUUGGUCUCAAGGACCUAGGACUGGUGUAGGGAUAGUUUGACUGCCCAGAAUAGAUAUGCUAUCUGCAGCGCUACCUCAGGGAGUUAGCUGGGAGACAAAGUCUUAUUUCCAAGAGCUGUGACUGACUGGAUUCUCAGGGCUUCAGAGGCCAGGAGGCAGCUUUUCCAGCCGCUCCCUUUCUACUGGCAUGAAAGCAGCUCUGUGAGGCAGGUUCUGUAAAGUCGCUUUGUGUCUCACUGAAGCCCCUGGCCAUGCUUUCCUAGGGCAGGGACACGUCAGGUUCCUCUUUACCUCAGGGCACUGCCCAUUGCUGAAUCCGUUUGCCUCCAUUAGAUUACAGGUGUGGGUGGUCUGCUCAGUAUCCACAGGCAUCAGGCACAGGCAGAAUUCAGAAAAGUAAGAGUAUUCCCUGAGUGAACUAUUCUAUAGAGUUCCCUGAUGUCACCUGUGUUUUUGGCCUUGGCUGAAUAGGAACUUGAGCUAGUUGAGUUAGACACCUAUUUUCCAUACCUCAUCUUGGCCAGUGUGGCCUCUAAGUGAUUCUUCUGUCAAUAAGGUAACUGAUAGAACUAAGAUUAAAAUCCAUGUCUCUACUGAGUAAAGCAGGUUAUUCAGAUAGAAGCAUCAUCCUAAUAUCACCCACUCACUUUGCCUCCUGUAUGUCAGGUUGCUUCUAAAACCGUGCUCCACAU